GGCGGGAAUGGGGCGGGGCGGGGCAGGACUGGCCGGGCCGAAGCCGUCCCGAUGGAGCGGAGGCUGCUUGGGGCCAUGCUUGGGGCCGCCGCUCCCCGGGGCCGGAGCCGCGGCCUGCACGGCGGUCUCCCUCCCGCGCCCGCCGCCCCGCCCAGCCACACAGAGAACCAGAAGGUAGUGACUAAGGUCCAGGGAACCAUCCUGACCAUCGGAAUCAACAGGCCUGAAGUCAGGAAUGCUGUGAACCAGGAGACUGCUCAGCAGCUUCUGCAGGCCUUUACCGCCUUCGAAGAGAAUAGCUCGCUCACCGUGGCAGUGCUCCAUGGACUAGGAGGUAAUUUCUGUGCUGGUUAUGAUUUGAAGGAGCUGGCCCACAAUUCAACCACACUGAAAUUGGAACAAGAUGUCACUCGAGGUCCUGGUCCAAUGGGUCCCUCCCGGAUGCAGUUUUCCAAACCCGUGAUUGCUGCGGUCAGCGGCUAUGCCGUGGCCGGAGGCCUGGAGCUCUCCCUCUUGGCUGAUCUCCGGGUGGUGGAGCAGAGUGCAGUUCUUGGGGUGUUCUGCAGGCGCUUUGGUGUUCCAUUAAUAGAUGGGGGAACCGUAAGGCUACCCAGGCUCAUUGGCCUGUCGAGAGCCCUGGAUCUCAUUCUAACUGGGCGCCCCAUUGGUGCAUCGGAAGCAUAUGAGUUUGGAUUAGCCAAUCGAGUGGUCCCUGAUGGCCAAGCUCUUCAGACUGCUAUCAAAUUAGCAGAACAGAUCUCGGCCUUCCCUCAGGAGUGCAUGCGUGGAGACAGAAGCUCUGCAUACCACAGUGUCUUUGAUGCCUCCUCCUUCACUAGUGCCAUGCAGUUUGAAUUUGACACAGGUGCCCAAGUGCUUUUGAAAGAGUCAGUCCCUGGUGCCAAAAGGUUCACUUCUGGCGAGGGGCGGGGAGGAAAGUUAUGAGAACACGUAUCCUUUUCACAGACUAGAAAAAUAAAUGUUAUAAUAAUCCUUAAAGAGCAUUUGAAUCUAAAAUGUAUUGGCAAAAUUUAGCUUGUUUCCUUCUGGAUUUCAAGUAAUAUAACCUGCGCCAUAAGAAUCUCAUUCUCAUGUGUUUUGAUUCAUAGAGGAACAGUAAUAGUAGUUGUAACUGUUAGCAAAAUGAGCAUGAGCUGCCUGUUUGGGGGGAUGAAGAGAAUAAUAUGGCACUAGAGAGCUAAAUAUUUUAAUUUCCCAAUAUUUGGGGCAUUUUAAAUUGGGUUUAUGCUAUAAAAUCACUUUACUAUUGCUUAUUGUUUCAUGGUGCUUGUUCACAUUAAUAAAUAUACAUUUUUAUUUCACUUAA